AUGUGGAUCUCUUCGAAACCUCGAGCGGGAAUCAAGGUGGACGAACAGCCGAUCGAACUCGUCGCUGAGUUCUGUUGCCUGGGCUAUAUGCUGAAGAACAACGGCAGCUACGAGAAAUAUAUUCAGCAAAGAUGCGCUAAGAGCACUUCUGCAUUUAACUCCUUGACGAAAUGCCUGUGGGCGAACCCCAACACCAACGAAGUCAAGCUGCGACUCGGGAAUCAGGGUGGACGGUAUCCGCAAAUUGCCAAUUUCAUGACUGACACACACAGACACAUAAUGGCAAUGUAA